UGUGUGUGUGUGUGUGUGUGUGUGUGUGUGUGUGUGUGUGUGUGUGUGGUCAGGAACACGCGUCGGGCAGCGGAGGUGUGGAUGGAUGAGUAUAAACAGUACUACUACUCAGCAAGGCCCUCAGCGCAGGGAAAGGCCUUCGGCAGCAUUGCGGACCGGCUGACUCUACGACACAAGCUGAACUGCAAGUCUUUCCAUUGGUAUAUGGAGAACGUUUACCCUGAACUAAGGAUCCCGGAGCGGGAUGCAGUGUCCAGUGUGUUGAGACAAGGAGGGAUGUGUCUGGAGAGCCUGGGUUCAGACAGCCUGGGCCUAGCAGAGUGUAGUCGAGGCUCUGGAGCGAUGAGGCCACAGUCACAGAGGUGGCAGCUGGUGGAGCCUCUUCUACGCCAGCAGGACAUCUGUCUGGCCAUCACAGCUUUCACUGCCGGGUCAAAGGUCACGAUGGAACCCUGCAACAUGAAAGAGCCCCGACAGAAGUGGAAGCCAAAAGGGCUGACCCUGCAGCACGUGGUUAGUGGUCUGUGUCUUGACAGUCAGCUGUCUGUUGGCCCUCCUGCCAUCACUCAGUGUCGGCCCCAGCUGGCCAGUCAGGUCUGGGAACCACAACUCAUCACCUGAUUACCUGAAACCUGGUGGCCGGAGAGAAGAGUAGGAGGAACUCUGGUGGCUGGGGAGAAGAGGAGGAGGA